GGGGAAACGUCUGAGAACAGCAGAUGUUUGCAGGCCCUUCUGCGUUGUAAGAAAUCUCUAUUCAUUGCAACAUACAACGCAAACACCUUAAGAGAUGAAGACAGAGUUUUGGAACUUGAACAAUGCACUCAACACCAUGGCAUAGAAAUUCUUGGUGUGCAAGAACAUCGUAUCAUCCAUGAUGACCCCAUUGAGUUUAGAAAGGUCGGUUCCAGCUAUUUAGUUACCUCCUCAGGCUGGAGAAAUGAGGCACAAGCAUCCCAAGGUGGAGUUGGACUUCUGCUAAGUCAGAAAGCAAGAAAA